AUGAUGCAUGAAGAAAACAGAAAGGGUCCAUGGACAGAACAAGAAGACAUACUUCUGGUAAAUUUUGUUCACUUAUUUGGAGAUCGAAGAUGGGAUUUUAUAGCAAAAGUAUCAGGUUUGAACAGAACAGGAAAGAGUUGCAGACUAAGAUGGGUUAAUUACCUUCAUCCUGGUCUCAAACAUGGCAAGAUGACUCCACAAGAAGAGCGUCUCGUCCUUGAGCUCCACGCAAAAUGGGGAAACAGGUGGUCAAAAAUAGCUCGGAAAUUACCUGGACGAACAGAUAACGAGAUCAAGAAUUACUGGAGGACACAUAUGAGGAAGAAGGCUCAAGAAAAGAAGCGUCCUAGGUCACCAAGUUCCUCAUUUUCUAACUGCUGCUCUUCGUCUAUGACCACUACCAGUACUCAAGACGUAUCGUUUCAUUCGAGGAAAUCUUCCAAGAAAGUGAGCUUUUACGACACCGGAGGAUGCACUGAAGAGGAGAUGAAUCAAGAAACCGAAGAAGAUGGAUACUCCAUGGAUGACAUAUGGAGAGAGAUUGAUCACUCUGAAGUAAACAUAGUUAAGCCUGUUAAAGACAUCUACACAGAGCAAAGCUAUUGCUUAAGUUACCCAAAUCUUGCUUCUCCAUCAUGGGAAAGCUCAUUGGACUCUGUAUGGAACAUGGAUGCAGAUAAAAGUAAGAUGUCUUCCUUUGACAUUGAUCAGUUUCCUUUCUGUUUCCAACACAGUAGAUCUCCUUGGUCGUCAGGUUAG